CUCUGAGAGAAGAGUGUUUUUGAUAUAGACGUAAAAAAUUGACUAUUAUUACGGUAAAAAAUAUUAUUUGUUUAAACAAAACAGAACAUUAUGCAAAAUAAACAGCAAAUAAAAUACUGUGAUCGUGUUAUAAAAAAACUAAAAAAGAAUUAUAAUUACUAAAAUAAAAGUAAAAUUUAUGAUAAUACAACGGCAGACAAGAGCAAAACGAUAGACAAAUAAAUUAUAGUAAAAAAAGGAAGAACAAAAAUAAUCAGACAUUGAUUAUCACAACAACACACUAACACCACUCAAAACACACAGAGCAAUCAAGUCAGUCAGCAUCAAGGAAAGGAAAGCAAAACCAAAAAAAAUAAAAAAAAAAAUAGAAGGAAAUAAGGAAACUGCUCGCAUCACAUUUUCUAAAAUUUUGAUUUCAUUUUAUGUUCUAUAGAGACAGACAAUACUAAAAAUACUAUAUAUAACAAAGUGGAGCAGAGUGUGGCUGGCUUUAAAGUGGUGUGGAGACUUUUGGAUUAGGUUAAACAUUUUUUGUAUACGAUGUAUUCUUAUCAUCGUCUGUGGUUAUCGGUGCUAGUUCUGACCAUAGUGACAACUAGUAUGUGUGGUUUUGCAAAUGAACAUGAAGUCUCAGAAAAUGACAACAAUAUGAAGCACGAUGCCCACUUUGAGACACAAGCGGCAGCCUCUCUCAAAGAUAUGACAGAACAGGAAUUAAGCGACGAUUUGUCAAUUGAAUUAUAUCGCAGUUUACGCUUUGAACCGCCACAAUUAGAUUUUGGCAUCUGGUCGGUGGGUACGGUGCGUUCACACACCGUAACACUAAUCAAUCACAAUCGAAAUCGAAGUGUUUACUUGAGUUCGGUGUCGGGCAGGACGCCAGCAUUUUCUAGCAGCUUUUUUGAAGCGAAAAUGGUGCCGCCCAACGGUAAUACCACAUUUAAUGUAGUCUUUUUACCCAGAGAACAAGGUGCUAUAAGUACUAGUUUAAAUAUACACACAUCGUUUGGUAAACUGCGACUAUUGGUGCGUGGCGUAGGUCGUGAGUGUCCGUAUCGCCUUAAGCCGCUGGUGGGCAUACGGGCGCCAUUGAAUGCUACUCUAAUGCCCGAAAUACACAUGUACAAUCCGCAUGAGAAGGCAUUACAAAUUUUGGAGGUAUACAGCAGUGGUGGCCAGUUUCAAUUAGAACUACCCAGCGGUGAUUCUGAAGCACCAAAGGGUCUAUGGGAAAUACCUCCUUUAACGACAAAGCCUGUGAUACGCAUACGAUUUCAAGGGUAUGCUGCCGGUAAUUAUUCAGCCUAUAUUCGCAUUAAAAUAGCCGAACCACAUAACUCCAGUAACUCUACGAGCAGUGGUGUUGGCAGUGGAUUGGAAAAGGAGGAACAGGUUUUAGUUAUACCUGUGGAAUUUGAAAUAUUACCUCAGUAUGGUUUGUAUGCGGUCAAUCCGCUACUGGAGUUUGGUCACAUAGCCGUUGACGACGAGAGUCGCGUAAAAGUCCUAAAACAAAAACUAUUCUUAAGACAUUCGAAAAGUGAAUUGGAAGUAACCGAUUUAGAAUUCAAAUCGAUAACAUACAUUAGUGGUGUAUAUUUCGAGAACUGCAAAGAUAUUGUGCUCUAUCCAAAUUAUGUUGAGGAUCCCGUCGUACGAUUGAAUGAUAAACUGGAAUUAGAAUUAGAAGAUAAAAAGGCGCAUACAUAUCACAGUGUAGAGCUAAUAAUAAGAGCCGAUAUAUUUAAAGGCAAUUUACAUUAUGACGUUAAUAAAACUUUAUUUUUAAUACCCACAACACAUACAAGCAAUAAACAACUACCAGAUGAUGGUAAUGACGUUGUCAGCGAUGUCAAUGGUAGUCGAGUAUUAACGGUGCGUAAUGAUUUUAAAAUCCCAUUGACCAUUUAUAAUAUAACCACACAAGAUAAUGAUGCUGAUAAGCUUAGCUUGCAAUUGAAAUCAUUUGAAACGGGAAUGGUUUUGAUGCCAGGCCUCUCUUUUGAUAUAUUAGUGGCUUCUAGUUUAUGUAAAGAACAACAACAAGAACAGGAUCUUAAAGAUCUUACAAAUUAUAAGACUGCUAUCUACGUUUAUACGAAUAUAACCAAUUUCGAAAUACCCAUUGUCAUAAGUUCAGCACGUUUGUUUGUAACCACACAAACUCAUUCGAUAUGGCGCUCCAAUACUUCCGUUUAUACCAAAGAAUUAGAUUUAGGUUCUGUACCCAUCCGUGAAAAGUCCAACAAGGGUUUCAUAAUUUUUCAAAAUCGCAAUUCCAUACCCAUCAAAUUAAACAAUAUGGAUUUUCAAAAGCCUCAAGCCAUCUACUAUCACGUCCUGUUUAUAGGCUGUAUACAAGCAGCGGACGUUAACGAAACAAACAACUACACUGUCGAUUUGGAGAGCGCUGACUACAAGUUUGGUUCCCAAUUGGAAGAAGGUGACAUUGCCGUCUACAUGAUAGACUUACAGCCCUACACAACCGAACACAGUUUGGCAUUUUUGAAAAUUCUAACACAGUAUGAAAAUAUAACAAUAAAUAUUAAAUUCACCACUUCCCUGGGUAGACUGGAGGUGGAUCAGGAGAGGUUACAUUUUGCUAAUUGUUUUCCGGGUAAAUUAUGUUCUUCUGAAUUGAGCAUACGUUCGACAUUUAAACAACCCAUGCACAUAAAAUACAUAAAUUUUACUGAUUCUGGCUUAAGAUUUGAAGAUAAAAAUCCUUUGGGCUCAAAGAUAGCGCCACUAUCUGUCACCAGGGUUGGUCGUAUCUACUUUCGGCCAUCUGCUCUAUGCGGCUCACGUUGUUAUAUACAACAACAGACCGAUGAAUCCGCCACAUUUCCAAGCUCUAUAGUGGCAAACAGUUUGAAUAUACCCAAUUUCGAUGAAGUCGAACUGAGACGUCGCACCGAACUCUAUAGACAUUUUAAAUAUUAUUUUCAAAAUAUGUAUUUUUCAAUGACAACCAAAGAAAUGCAACAGUUUCAAUUGAAUCUUAUGAUAGAAUUAGAAUGGCCCCAGCUGGUCGGUGGCCGUCAAAUGUUGCCCACAAUUGAAGUUAACAAAACGCAUAUAUACGAAGUGAAAAUUUCCAAUCCAUCCGAUAAUCCUAUACUAAUUGAUUAUACAUUGGCCGAUCCGACACUGGCGAAACAAACUCGUAUCUCUUUACCGCUGGAAGUUGUCGUCAUUACACCCAGUUGCUAUUUAACUGACAAAGCGGUAUUUUCAUUAGUGAAUGCGCCACCCAAAAAGCCCAUUCUUAUACCAGGUCUAUCCAGUGUCACGAUACCGAUCAAAUUUCAAGCCGAUUAUGUGGGCACAAUUUGUACGCUGUUACACAUACGCAAUAAUUUAACACUGUAUGAAGGUGUUUGGAUUAGCGCCAAAACGGUACAAUCACAAUUUCGUUUGGGCAAUCGUAAGCCGGGUUCACAGACGCCUUUACUCUUUGAAAUAACCGACCAGCAUUUGGCAUCUGCUUGUCCGGCAAGGGAUGACAGAAUGAGAAGUGAGGCAGCAGAACAUUAUGUUAUACCGCAAAUUAUUUCUCGACGCGUUUUUACAGCUCGCAAUUCUGGCGAACUACCCAUACGAAUUGAUGGAUUUUGGAUCGGUGAUCAACCUUGUCAGGGCUAUGGCUUUCAAGUAAUGGAUUGCUCUAGUUUCGAACUGAUUGCAAAUUCUUCGAAAAAGAUUGAAAUUUCUUUUCAAUCGGAUUUUACAGUGUCUCGCAUCACUAGACCACUGAUGCUCAAAACAAACCUCACCUAUGAUGUUAGAUACAUACUGGUGGCUCAAUUGCCCUCAAAGGGUUUAGAACAAUGUGAGUUACUUCUGCCGCGACCACCAUGGGAGGCUAAAAUACGCAAUGCUGCCAUCAUAAUGCUGCUGAUAACAUUUGUGUUGGUACUUAUAGCGGUGCACAUUGACUACGGCAACAUCAUAUACAACCAAUCAGCUCUAUAUGAGGCCCGUGAUAAGGGUACAGUGCAUCCAACGUUCAAUUUGCGUAACAUUGCUAUGCGUUCGACACAAAUUAAUAAUGAUAGUUCGCCAACGGUUGAGACGAAUCAAAAAACUAAAACGAAAGCAACGGCUAGCGAAAAGAACGAUAACUCUAGUUCCAUGUUGAGCUUAAGGAAACGUAAUGUUAAAAGCACGAAAGCUGUAAAUGGUGAAGCAAAGUCAUCCUCAUCUUCUACACGUGGUGGUAUGACAUUAGCUGAAAUGGUUAGUUGGACAUUUGGCACAAAAACGGCAAAAAAAUCUGCUGCAAAUAAUAGCAAAAAUUCGAAAGUUGCAGACCAAGCGAAUACAAAUGUGAGCAACGAUGUGAAAACGACAAAAUCCAAAUUCACUGAAAAAUCUUUAAUUGAUAAAAUGGAUGGUGACAUGAAAAAAUCGCAAAUAGGCAAAAAAACAAAGGUGACCGAUAAAGCUCAAGCUAAAAAUCACGACAAAAACGAAACGGAAGAAGUGAAAUUAAGAAGAGAUGAUCAUGUAGACAAAGAGUUGAAAAAGGAAAAGAAUUCUCCUAAGCUACAAGCAAAAACUGCUGCCAGUGUUAAUUCUCACGUAGAAACGGUAACAGCGAAAGAUGCCAGAGAACAAAGAAAAUCAUUAGAGUUGUCUAGUCAAGCAACAGCAAGCGUUGAGCCUACAGCUGCCUCAUCGGAUAAGAAUCAAAAUUCACCAAAGGAAGUUGCAAAUGGGCGGAAAAUUGGCAAGACCCCUGGUAGAGAGAGACGUAAACAAUCAGCACAAAAUAUCUCACCCGUCAUCUCAGACCUAACCAGCUCUUCCUGUUCCUCUUCGACUUCGUCGUCGUGUUCGUCAAACCACAAUGUCAUGGGUAAGCGGAACGAGCGCAAAAUGAAAGUAAAAGCCUCGAAUUCAUUGAAGUUUAGCAACAAUUGCAAUGCAACAAAUAUGUUUCCCUCAUCCUAUUCGGCCUCAUCGUCACCGACGUCGAUGUCAGCGAGUAUUUUAAAAUCCGAAAACACAAAUUCACAUGUAGACAUUUUGACACCCUGGGAUUGUGGCAGCCAUGCCACAUUUAGUGAUGUUUUACAAAAAUCCCAACAACAGCAAACACAAUCCAGUACUUCUACUGAUCUCAUACAACAAGGAUCAUUAUUUGAUCUUAUGUCUCACUCUCCGAACGGUAUAGAAAACUCUGAAAUAACAGCUGCCUUAACACCAAAACGACCUAAAAAUCCAGCAUCGGAUUUGGGACCCAUUGGUUCUAGGAAAUCACCCUCAUCUACACCAGUCUGGGAGCCCAUACAAAGUGCCAUAACAAUGCAAUUACCACGGCCAUUAAAUACAACCUCAACUGCUACUUCGUCAACAGCUUCGUCAUCCGCAUCAUGUUACUAUCCAAUGACUUCGACUUUUGGCUACAACGACUUAUCGCCGCCGACACUGACGUCACCCACAAUGCACCAACACCAACAGGAUAUCCAUGCUCAAUUACUGGUAUUACAAAGGCAAAUUUUGGAACAGCAACAAUUGCAACAACAGCAACAACAAUUUCUAAAUUCGAAUGCUUUAAACAAUAACUGGUCCAAUCUAUCCUCACCCCUCUGGAGUCCUAUCUUGGGCAAUGGUUCAACUGCUAAUGUCAACAACACUUCGUCUAUAUUUAGUCAGCCACAGACACAAAAUUCAACUUGGAGUUUAACUCCAAAUUCUUCAUCGCCUUCCAGCGGUUUAGUACGUCCACCACCAGGCUUAGAACAAAACUUUCCCAUCAACAGCAAUUUGCCCGCAGCUGCAGUGACUUCUUCAGCCGCAUCUUCUUCUGCACAAUUGGCUUCAACUUUCAACAACACAAUGGCUACAUCUCCAAAUAGUCUCACACAAACAGAUAAUGAUAAUAUGCCCAUGUUCAAUUUGUUUGGAGGUUUAAGUUCCAUUUGGAAUGACAAUUGGACACAGUCAAACAAUCAACAGCAGCAGCAGCAACAACAACAGCAGCCUCCAAAGUAAAAUUAACUGAUUACCGAUUUGCAGCAGACUUUUGUGACGCACAUAAUUUUUGAAAUUCUCUUCCAAUGCUUUCUCUGUUGCCGUAUUUCGAAAAAACUAAUUAAUUAUUUACAAAAAUAAAUUAGUUUUA